AUGGCCUUUAACGGGACUGCAAAAGACAUCCACCUGGAGGACGACCAUAUGCUCUGUAUCAAGCUUCGAAACAACAGUCAAGAUUAUGUGGACGCAUCACUAGAUUUGAACGAUGUGGUCCAGAAUACCAACGGUUUCCUCAGCUUGGACUUGGCAACCGAGGGUUUCGCAGACACCACCAAGAACAUCUCACUCAUGGUGGAUGACGAUGGGCAUGUCAUGCUGUGUGCAGACGCUCAGAAGAACGAUGGCUCAUAUCGAAGACAAUCGAUUCGUAUUGACAAGAAAUUUGAAAACAUCGACGGGGUGCUCAUUUACACGGGCGAGUAG